UAAACCAUGAGCCAGCAACAACCCCGAAGGCCUCAGCCUGAUUAUUCCCGAGUUCAAGAGGAGCCCAUCAAGUACGUUGACGUUUUUAACGUCACCGGUGAACUCGCUUCGAAAUCUAUCGCACCACUAGAUGCAUCCGCCAUGCAGUCGGCUGAGACCACGGUUCUUGGACAGACGCGGCGAAGUGGUCCUGCAUCUGUCAUGCAAUCCGCAGCCAAUGUCAAUGAAAGGGCAGGAGUCGUUCGCCGCAAUCAAACAGAUGUUACCGGAGAUGAAGGCGUCACCGUAACUAAGUCCACCGCGGUUGGCGAAGUCUGGAUCACCGAAGCCGUUGAGGGACAGGUUAUCGGGCAAUACAUUCAACCCGAAGUUCCAGCGGAUAUCACUCCGACAUCAUCGUUCGGUACCGACCCUAUAACGGUCGGGGAAGCUUUGGAGACGGCGGCCUUAUCUGCUGCCGAUAAACCCAUCGACCAGAGCGAUGUAGCCGCCAUUCAAGCGGCUGAAAGAAGAGCUACUGGGUGUAACGAGACACUGCCUGGCGGUGUGGCGGCAGAAGCACAAUCUGCGGCCACCCGGAAUUCCCGAACUAUGCGGUCCGAAGAUAAAGCCACCCUCUCCGACGUUUUAUGUGAUGCAAGUUCAAUGCUGCCUAAAGACAAGGCGGUGACGGCUGAAGAUGCCGAUAGGGUAGUGGCGGCGGAGAUGAGAAAUAAUCCUGACAUGACGACCACGCCUGGUGGAGUGGCUGCGUCUAUGGCUGCAGCAGCUAGGCUUAAUCAUAAUUUCACACCUUAA